CUAAGAAAGUAACGGCCUAACAGAACAAAACGGUGAAGACGCCGCCGUCCAAUUAGUGCUCACGCCUCGGAGUGACAGGACCCAUCCAUCGAGAGACUGGCGAAGAGUCCGAUAGAUGUCUGCCGACCAAUGACGCCUCACACUGCGCGGUGAUUGACAGCAAGGGGGAAGGCGGAUAUGUAAAUAGAGCCGGGAGGCCAGACGAGUGGAGGCCGGAGCCGAGCAGCUAUCAUCCCUGCUCCAUCUACCUGAGAUGCAGCUGACGUUCGAUGACGUGGCCGUGCGAUUCUCAGAGGAAGAAUGGAGGAACCUGCGCCAAGGCCAACAAGAACUGUACAAGGACGUCAUGAAGGAGAAUUACGCAAAUCUGCUCUUCUUAGGACUCGACAUUGAAACACCAGACGUGUUGUAUCAGAUUGAGGAGUGGGAGAAACCAUGUGCGCCCAACAUCAGAAAACCUAAAAUAUCAAGGGCCUCCUCACUUACAGAAACAGAGAGUCCAAAGCCAAGAGCAUUGCGGAGAAGAAGAACGGUGGAUUUCCCGGCUGUGCUGUCUGCCCCCAGAUAUAUUGUACCUAAAAGUAAAGUUCCUGAAGAAAACCAAACCCAAAAGGAAGAGAUCGACUGUGAAACUCCCGGGGAGAAAAAAAAGCUAAAGGAUCUUCAGCCAAAAUGUCUCACGUGCAAAGGAGUCUACAAAUGCUACUGCAGGUACACAAAGUAUGGUAAGAAACGAUUUGUCUGUCAAGACUGUGGAAAAGCUUACACCCUGGAGCAUCAUCUCAUUGGGCACCAGAAGAGUCACUACCGCGGACAACCUCAUAAGUGCCCCUUGUGUGAGAAAUGCUUCAAGAAGCCCAGCCAGCUUAAGAAACACCAGAGGACCCACAAAGUCAUUGAAUACAAGUGUCAUAAGUGCCAGGUGACAUUCCAGUCAGUAAGAGACCUAAGGGAACACCGGAAAGUGCACCAGGAACUGAAGCCAUGUGCAAUAUGUGGGGAGAACUUCAAAUCUCUCUAUAAGUUGAAAUCACAUACUAAAGAAGCUCACUCAACACUCUUGGAAUGUUCCCUGUGUCACCAACGCUUCCGUUUCAAGACCGCACUAGUGAACCACCAGCGAGAGCACGUGGGGAGUGAGGUGUACAAGUGUCAUAAGUGUGAGAAGGUCUACACCAGGCUGACCUAUCUUCUUAGACAUGCCGAGGUUCACUCCAUAGAUGAAAGUGGAGAUGGCAAACUCCAACCCAAAAGUCCUUCAAAGGAACCUGAGGCAGAUGGCAACCGCCCCUCAGCCCACAUCCGGGGCACACAACCAUUUCCUAAUCUUGUUGAAGUCACAGAUAAACCACCCCCAUCUAUUAUUCCUUCAGAUCCCUUAUUGUUUGUGGACCUUGCAAAAGGGCAAAAGUCCAUGAAGAAGGAACCUUUUUCAGAAGAGCUUCUUAAAAGGCUUGAUGUUGUGAGACUCUUUAAGUGUAAGAAGUGCAAGAAAUGCUUCAGGCAUCACAGCACAUUAGUUCGGCAUGUACUGUCCCAUCAGCUGAUCCUCGUGUGUCAUGACUGUGGGCAAAAGUUUGAUAAACUUGUGAAACUCUAUCUGCACAGGUCCAAGCAUGAGAGGAAGAGACUAUACAAGUGCACCUUCUGCAAGAAAGCGUUCAGCUUUCAGUCCCUGUUGCAUCUGCACCUUCACACGCACAAUACGUCCAAAUCUGGUAAUGGUUGGGCAAAGUCUGCCAAGUCCCCACAGCUUCCGUCCAAGGAGACCUCUUCAAACACAAACAUGUUUACAUCGCCAUCAAGUAUCCUGCUGCAUCAGACACCCCGUGGGAUCCAACCAACUAAAAUCCCCCCUAAUGCUUCUCCUCAAAACGUCUGCAAUGUUAAGAUUUCUCCGGCUUCUCCAAAUAAAAUCUCAGAGAAGAGGCCGUGUCAGGACAUGGUGGCCUACAAGGACUACGUGAAACGUGUUUGUUACAGGCCCUGUGAGUCCCGUAAAGUGUAACCAAGUCUACUUAUUAAAAAAGAAACCUUGUAAUAAAUAUUUAUGGUG